CAUUUUCUUCUUCCAUACAAAACGCUUUUCAUUUUCACCUCUUUUUUUCUGCUCUCUCUAUCUCUCUCUCGGGCGCUAACAAUGGCGGAUCAGCUCACCGACGAUCAGAUCUCUGAGUUCAAGGAAGCCUUCAGCCUGUUCGACAAGGACGGAGAUGGUUGCAUUACUACCAAGGAGCUGGGAACAGUUAUGCGGUCGUUGGGGCAGAACCCAACUGAGGCUGAGCUUCAGGAUAUGAUCAAUGAAGUUGAUGCUGAUGGCAAUGGGACAAUUGACUUUCCAGAGUUCCUUAAUCUCAUGGCACGUAAAAUGAAGGACACUGAUUCUGAGGAGGAGCUCAAGGAAGCUUUCCGGGUGUUUGACAAGGACCAGAAUGGGUUUAUCUCUGCUGCUGAGCUUCGCCAUGUCAUGACAAACCUUGGUGAGAAGCUUACUGAUGAGGAGGUUGAUGAGAUGAUACGUGAGGCUGAUGUUGAUGGGGAUGGCCAGAUCAACUACGAGGAGUUUGUGAAGGUCAUGAUGGCCAAGUGAGAACUGCUCAAACCUCAAACUUAAUCUUUAGAAGUAAAAGGGGUACAAAAGAGGGAAACCAGGGCAGAUAAGUUUGAGAUUUCAAUUCUUGUUAGGAUGUUUCCUUCGGUAUUAUUAACUUUGUUUCAGUGCUUGCAUGUGUUCCUAUUCGCAUUGUUUCGUAAUGCUACUCUUGAGUAUCUUGUUUGCUCUUUGCUCUGUUCCUUGUUUUUGUAGUUGGGGCUGUUAGUGACCUCUGGUAUUUAUUCCCCAAUUAUAGGUAGUAUGAGCCUGCCAUUGGAGAAUUUGCUUGUUUUUCUUCAUGAGUGACUAGUUUUGUUAAUAUUCUAAAUUCCAAUUUUUGCCUGCUCUCAAA